GAGCGUGUCAUUUGGAGAAGAAGAGGGGGGGAGGAAAGAAGGGAAAGGAAGGAGGAGGAGUAGAAAGAUCCGGAGAAAAAGUUUGAAAGGAAAAGAGAGACGUUUCAGUGGCCAGCUCGGUGGAAAAGGAAUAAGUGGAGGUUGAAACUGAAGGCACAAGCGGCCUAAAGUCUCUGUGUGGAUUUUACUGCUGCCGGGGAGCCGCUGGGCACGCGCCUGCUCCUGUGUGUCGUUGGGCGGAUUAGAUGAGUUUGACUUCACGAUGAGGAGCGACCCGGUUCUGUUCACUUCCAACAGGGCGAUGGAGGAGCUGGUGUGUGAGCUUCGUCUGUUCCUGGACCUGCUGGACAGGGAGUAUCUGAGCGCCGGGGUUCGAGAGAGGAAGUUGCACCUCUCCAACAUCCUCCACAGAGUGCUCUCAGAUAAAGAGCCUUCAUUCAAGUCAGAGAUCCACAGUGGUCUGCCAGCCCCGCCUCAGAUGCCCCUCCCUGAGAUCCCUCACCCCUGGCUGCCUCCGAACAACGGCCCUCCUCCUCUGCCUAGCUCCUCUCUACCAGAAGGCUACUAUGAGGAAGCGGUUCCUCUAAGUCCUGGAAAGGCUCCUGAAUACAUCACCUCCAACUAUGACUCGGACGCCAUGAGCAGCUCCUAUGAGUCGUACGACGAGGAAGAGGAGGAUGGGAAGGGCCAGAAGAUGCGUCACCAGUGGCCAUCUGAAGAGGCAUCCAUGGAUCUGGUGAAGGACGCUCGGAUCUGUGCAUUCCUGCUGCGCAAGAAGCGCUUUGGCCAGUGGACCAAACUGCUCUGUGUCAUCAAAGAUAACAAACUGCUGUGUUAUAAGUCCUCCAAAGACCACACCCCCCAGAUGGAGCUGACCCUGUCAGGGUGCAGCAUCACUCACAUCCCCAAAGACGGCAAGAAGAAGAAGCACGAACUGAAGAUUGUCCACCAGGGGGCGGAUGCCCUGGUGCUGGCUGUGCAGAGCAAAGAACAGGCCGAGGAGUGGCUUAAGUGUGCUUUCAGACACCACCUCGACAGUCCAACCCCUAGUGCAUCACUGUUGUCCACUGCAAACUGUUUGACAGUGCAUGGCCGUCCUGAGUAUGUCCCCAUCAUGGUGAUGAGAGAGGUGUGCGUUAAUGGGAGUAUAGACUUGGAUGGAACUGGAUCUGGAUCACCGGUGCACAAACCCGAACUGGAAAAGAAGGCAUCGUGUGACAGACCGAGCUCAGAUGGUGAGGUGACUCAUGAGAACGGACAUAGCGACUGCAAGGACCAAGGAAAAGGAAAGAAGAACUCAAAGUCAGAGCAGAAGACAGGGACGGUGGGGAAGGGAGCAGGGAAGAAGAUCACUAAAAUCAUCGGGCUGGGUAAGAAGAAGCCGUCUACAGAUGAGCAGACCUCGUCAGCAGAAGAAGACGUACCCACAUGUGGCUACCUGAACGUGUUGUCCAAUAACCGCUGGCGGGAGCGCUGGUGCCGCCUGAAAGACAACCAGCUGCUCCUCCAUAAGGACCGGGACGACCUGAAGAGCCACAUCGCCUCGCUGCCCCUUCGAGGCUGCGAGGUCAGCCCCGGCCUCGAUCACAAACACCCCUUUGCCUUCCGCCUGCUUCGUAAUGGCCAGGAGGUCGCUGUACUGGAGGCCUCCUCCUCUGAGGACAUGGGUCGCUGGUUGGGGGUUUUAUUGGCUGAGACUGGCUCCACCACCGACCCAGCCACCCUGCACUACGACUACAUCGACGUGGAGACCACCGCCAAUGUCAUCCAGCUGGCCAAGCAGUCCUUCUGUUUCACCAGUAAGCGUGCUGUCUCUCCUAACCCAUACCUGGACAACCCAGUCAACGGCUACGCCUGCCCCACUGGUAUGGCUCUGCAUUAUGAUGAUGUGCCCAUUAACGGAACGGACCCGGAGGUGCUGUACUCCAGUCCCAGCACAGGGGGGCGCCAGCUGAAAGAGGAGGUGCACUAUGAGAACGCUGACCUCUAUGAGAACAUGCCCUCUCCCAAGCUGGCCACUCGCCAUCCUCCCAAGCCUUCCUCUUCCUCCACCUCUACCAGUCACUACAAAACCCCUGUUUCUAAAAUCUCUUCUAAGUUCCUCUCUGCUGAUACUAAAACUAAAGGCACUGCUCAGCUGAAGGGAAAGAAGGGAACAGCGACCAAUGGGGUGGCAUCAAAACAGAAGGCAGAUCCAAAGAACCAGCCCAAGAAGAAUGGAAUCAGCGGGACGAAUGGGACAGCUUCUCUGAAACGCAACAACUCCAAUGCAGAGCAGUGUAAGUACGGGAAGAACCGCGUGGAGGCCGAUGCCAAGCGGCUGCAGGCCAAGGAGGAAGAGCUGAUGAAGAAGAAGCAGGAGAUCAGGAACCAUCUUACCCAGCUGAAGAAGGAGAGGAGAGACCUGCGCACUGCUGUGGAGGCUGCUGCUGGCAAACGUUCACACGUCUCGCUGUCGGAGCGACUGAAGAAGGUGGAGGAGGACUGCAGGCAGAAGGAGGAGGAGCGGGUGAACCUGGAACUGGAGCUGACAGAGGUGAAGGAGAGCCUGAAGAAAGCCCUGAGCGGUGGGGUCACCCUGGGUCUCACCAUCGAACCAAAAGCUGGCUCCUCUGGACUCCAGUCACCGGCGAUGCUGCGACGGACCCAGGAGUCUUCUCCCUUCUCCAGCUGCGACACCAGCGACACAGAGUCCUGCUCCCUGCCGGUCAACAGCGCCUCACUGCUCCGCCGGCAGCAGGCCGGCCAGAAGGCCUCGCCAGUCCGGGGACACGUCCUCAGGAAGGCCAAGGAAUGGGAGCAGAAGAACGGCACAUAAACGGCCCAACCCCUCACAUCAGUCCUACUUUGAUUUCUUUUUGUCUUUUUAAGAAAUUGUGCAUAUAUUUAUUUAAAACUGUUCAUACGGUCUGAGAGUGUGUUGAGGAGGACACGAGCAUAGCAUUCACAUGAACCAAAACGACUUGCUGGGUUUAGUAUUCUGUCAGUACCACAACAUACAGACUUAGCAACCUUUUUCUACGUUUUUACUAUUGAGCAUGCUUAGUGGACUAAGUUGUGCAACUUGUGUUCCGCUGUACUCUUUUCAAGCAACCACCUUUUGUUUUUUCUUUUCAUUCAAAUCUGUUCCAGCAGAUUGACAGUUUGGGGUCAAAAGGGUUAAAGGUCAAAACCAAGUAUUUAUUUGUAAAUGUUUAAAGGAAAUACUAGCUUCCCUUUGUUUAUUUAUGUUGAUAUAUUUAAAGGGGUUUUUGUAGAAUUUGUGGCGCCCCACAGAAUCAUUCUUACACCGUUAAUGGAUCUCAUUGACGGGUGUCAGCAUCAGCCAUCUUUAAGGGUCACAAUAAUCACAACACACACCAGCUGAGUAACAAUGCAGCUCCGCUCUAAGGGGUAUUUCCAGAAGCAGAAUUAUUGUUAAGAUCAUCCAAAUGAACUGUAUUAACACAAUCAGUUACAGGGAGCAGAUCUGGGAGACAUGUUGACAUGUUCCACAGAAGAGGACUGGUUUAUUCAAAGCAGCAACAUUUUUUAUUCACAAUCACAAAUUGAGACUGUACUACUGUACUACUUAACUCUUAAGUAAUAAUGAUGCCACUAACAGUUUAAGGACAUUUUUACACAUAGAAAGUGAUAAAUCGCACUUUGCCAUCGUUUUGACUGUUUGGUAGGAAUUGAGCCAUGUUACUUCACAGAUGCAUUUUUAUGUCCCUAACCUGCAUGCAAUUUGAAGGUGUGUUCUGUUUAUUAUGUUUAUUUCCUGUUUCUUUGUGCACACAGCCAUGCUUAAUGAAUACAAAUAAUGUGUGUAGCCUAGAGUACUUUCAAAAAUAAUGUAAUAGACAAAGAUUUAGUUAGACAACCGCUCAGCUUUGGAGAAGAUGCAUUUUCCUACCUCUGAGAGAAGGUCCCAUGAACAUCCAAGAAUUGAGCUAAGCUAGGCUAAGCUUCCUGUUUGACAUACCUUCAAACUGCAACUGCAUGCACUGACACAAGUAAGGCAUCUGUGAGUUUAUGGAUCAAAACAAACAUUAGCUCAAGCACUAAACCAUCCCUUUAACAGUAAAAAAACACAAACUCAUUUGCUGGAAAUAGCCAGACACUAACUUCUGAUGUUGCCUAUUAGCUUUUUAAGGCAGCAGCCGAGGUGUGAGACAGGUUGUUUUCCCCUGCAAUCUUGGUUUACUCAACCCCCCAUGGCUCUGGGCUAUGAGGCCAUUUUAGCACAGUGGCCACAUUUGAAGCUGCAACUCAAAAAAAUCUUUCCUCAUAUAGAUUCUGAGCUAUAAAAAAACCCCUGAAAGGACCCUUUGUAUAAUCAGAAUCAUAAUUGAGCCAUUGGAUCCAAUAAAAUAUGAAGUCUUGAAGUGCCAUAUCAGUUCCUUUCAUGCCAUUCAUGCUUUAUAGGCCCAAAACUGCAGAAGCCUGAAAAACGUUUUUGCCAUAUGCACUGUGUAUUUGGAAUGAAUGGGCCACCAUCUUGGAACACAGUAUCCAGUUCUCUUAAUACAUCCAUGGGUUUACUGUCCGCUUACACUUAAAACCUAGACUAAUUCGCAAAUGCGUAUUAGUCUAGAGUCAAUUAAUUCUAUUAGUCAACCUCUUAGUUCAUUUUCGAUUUCCAAGGGGCGUUAUCAGCGGGCGCAGACCAAAAUGCCUCUGGGCGCAACUGGAUAGACCUACAACCAAUCAGAGCAGCGAAACGUGUGAAGUGUGACUUUUCAAAUCUGGACCGGUAACGCUCCUCUGUCAGUCAUCGUAUCAAACCCGGCGGCUACAGCUACAAAUUCAGUGUUAAAAUAUAGCAUUUUAAGCUAGCAAAUGAAAUGAACUAUCAGUGGCUCACUUCACUUACCCCUGAGUAAAACCUGACGUUACCAUUUGCAGCCACCAGUAUUCAACCCGGUGCAGCUUUAACCACACUGUUUCAGAGGUCUCUUGCUAAUGGAGUAGUUGUGCUUCUUUAAGUAGUCCCUUAGUGUGAUGAUGGAUGGCUGUCAUUAGGCUGUAGCAGGACUCUAGCCGGGUGUGUGUUAGCGCUUGGAAAGCCGGGCAGGUCAGGCCUAGGCUGGAUUUGGCGCUCGUCAUUGGAAAACUCAGAAACCUCAACCGACGUGGCUGACGUUAGUCCCUCAUCCCAGAGCCUCGGUCCAGCUCCUCUGAUCACGCCACUGGUUUACUGCAGCCCUGUGAUCUCACUCUGUGUGUGUGUGUGUGCUCAUAUGUAUCCAAGGCACAUUCCAAACCCAUCAACAAUACACUGACUGAAAUAGAGGCACUUGCUGUAAACUCAAAUUGCUGUGUGUUCUGCUAAAUCAAAGACUGUGACUUUGAUUUUCAGACUGCUUCUCUCUCUCUCUCUCUCUCUCUCACACACACACACACACACACACUCAUCAAUGUUAUAUUUUUAUGGUGCUUUUUUAAUGGCUUUAUGUUCCACUGUUUACGCUUUGCUGCCAUGUUGAUACUGCUAAGUAUACAAGGUGCUUUAUUGGGAUUGUUGACAGAAGUAGCGUUAGCAUGCACUACUGCAGUUUGGAAAUCAAUGCUACAUUCAGCACAUGGGCGCCAACUGCUCCUCAAUCUUGUAAAUAUUUUCUGUCCCCUUCUGUUUGCCCCACAAGUCUGCGAGCUAGAGUGUAGUCAGCACGUUAGCAUGAACAGGGGGCGUAUGGGGAGUUCUAUCUACAAGUAUUUAGUUCAUUUUGAUUCCCUGUUGGCUCAGCGUGGCUUUUAACUGAGCAAGAUGUCUGAUGUCAGUAAAUGUGAACCUGCUGUACAUAGCUUGCCUUCGUGAGGGGAGUGUUUGUUUUUGCACCUUAUACAUUUUCUACUCUGUUGUAUUCUCCGACAGUCUCCGCCUCGGUGACAGACAUGCUUUACAUAAAUUAAUAAACCUCCUGACAAACA